AUGGACCAGCUAUGGUCGUAUAUGCCACCCUCGGUGGCCCAGUUGAUCCAAGCCAAUGGCUACCAAGUUACCCCUGAACACGCUCAGUGGGCCGGUAUCGCCGUGGUCUCCUUAAUCGCCGUCUACGUGGGGUACCUUUGGAGCUUAAGCUUGAAGGAGGCGGCUGUGACGUUUAAUGUUCCUGUACCGGUGGAGGUGCGAAAUAGCGCGGAUGGAAAGCAAUGGGAGACUGUUACCGGAAUGGAGAAGUGCAUUUUGGAGAAUCAGGUCCGAGGGAUCUGGAAUGAGAAAAUUCUUAUGAGUUACUGUCCUGCUGAUGGGCGGGUAUUGGGCAAUGGUAUCAAGCCGGCAACGGUGGAGGAUGUCGACGCCGCUGUGCAGGCUGCCAAGGUUGCGCAACAAGAAUGGGCCAAGACAACUUUUGCAGAGCGCAGGAAGGUUCUGCGCAGCUUGUUAAAGUACGUUCUCGACCAUCAAGACGACAUCGUUACCGCGUGCUGCCUCGAUUCCGGAAAGACCAAGGUGGACGCCUCGUUUGGAGAGAUUCUGGUCACGGUGGAGAAACUCAAGUGGACAAUCGAUCAUGGCGAGAAGGCUCUGUUGCCGUCACGGCGGCCGACGAACUUGUUGAUGAUGUACAAAAACAACCUUGUCACCUACGAGCCGCUAGGUGUCGUAGCUGCUGCGGUAUCGUGGAACUAUCCCUUCCACAACUUUAUCGGACCUAUUAUCAGCGCUUUAUUCGCUGGCAAUAGUAUUGUCGUCAAGCCCUCCGAGCAAACGGCCUGGUCCACGGUAUUCUUUUUGGAUAUCGUGCGAGGCGCGCUGUCGAGCUGCGGUCACUCGCGCGACCUUGUCCAGAGCGUCGUCUGCCUGCCCGCUGUCGCAGACAAGCUGACCUCGCAUCCGGAUAUUGCGCACAUCACCUUCAUCGGCUCGCGACCCGUUGCGCAUAAAGUCUGCGCCUCGGCCGCGAAGGCCCUGAUUCCCGUUUGUGUUGAGCUUGGCGGCAAGGACCCCUCGGUGAUUCUGGACGACGCUCGCACCAUUCGCAAUCUGCCCACCAUCGCCUCGAUCCUUAUGCGCGGUGUCUUCCAGUCCGCCGGUCAAAACUGCAUUGGGAUUGAGCGAGUCAUUGCCCUUCCAGGCGUCUACGAGAAACUCAUUGAAAUGGUCACUCCUCGAAUUCGGGCGCUUCGUCUCGGUUCCAUUCUCCUCGACACUCCCAACGAGACUACAUUCACGCCUGACAUGGGCGCCAUGAUCUCGCCCGCCUCGUUCGACAAGCUUGAAGGUCUCAUCGCUGAAGCCGUCGGCCAGGUACCCACACGGCCACUACUUCACCCCACCCUCCUCGUGGACGUCACGCCUCAGAUGCGCAUCGCGCAAGAGGAGCUCUUCGCACCCGUCUUCCUACUCAUGCGCGCCGAAAAUACGCGCGAUGCCAUCUCCAUCGCCAAUUCGACCCUCUACUCCCUCGGUGCGAGCGUUUUCGGUCACCACCCCCGCGAUGUCGACGCCUGUGUGCGCGGCAUCAACGCCGGCAUGAUGGCCGUCAACGACUUUGGCGCAUACUACGUCGUGCAAUUGCCCUUUGGCGGAGUCAAGGGGUCUGGGUACGGUCGGUUCGCGGGCGACGAGGGGCUGCGCAGUCUGUGUAAUACCAAAGCUCUAUGCUUGGAUAAGUUCCCCAAGAUCGUGGGUACUGCGAUCCCGCCGCGGGUGGAUUAUCCCAUUCAGAAGCGGGAGGGUGAGGCCGGAGUGAGGGAUGGAGUGUCUGCGUGGGAGAUGUGCAAAGGCAUCAAUGAGACAGGGUACCAGAUUACGCUUGGUGGGCGGAUCGCUGGUAUUUUGCGCUUGUUGAAGAAUAUGUAA